ACGAGGCAGUCCUACCUAUGCUGCAGGCCGGCCACCCGCAACUCACGACCCACCAAUCUUUUGCUUCCUUUCAUUCAUCUACUCAUACACUGUUUGACAACAUCAAAUAGAGUGAUUGAAUAGGAGCCGAGUCGUGACUUUGGGACUCUAUAGCACCAUCACCAACAUCGAACUCCCAACAAUGAGCACCACCAAAAACAUCCUUAUCACCGGCGGAGCGGGCUUCCUGGGCCCCAUGCUAGCCGCCAGGCUCCUCAAAGAAGGCAGCUACAACAUCACCCUCACAGAUCUGCAAGCGCCUCCCCAACCCGCCGGCGUGCCCUCCACCUCCAAUCUUUCCCUUGUCGCCGCAGAUCUCACCUCCCCAGCCGACAUCUCCCGCCUCAUCUCCCUGCAAACCGCCUGGCACGCCGUUUUCAUCUUCCACGGCAUCAUGUCCGUCGGCUGCGAGGAGAACCCCGCGCUCUCCACAAAGGUAAACCUCAACGCAACCCAGGCCCUCCUCGCCGCCAUCUCUUCUCUGUCUCAAAAGCCCCGCGUGGUCUACGCGUCCACGCAAGCAGUCUACGGGCCCCCGUACACGGCAACCGGACCGAUAACGGAUGACACGCCCGCGACACCCGUCGGCGUGUACGGCACCCACAAGCUCAUCAUGGAAGCCCACAUCAACGACAUGAACCGCCGCGGCCUCCUCGACGCCUUCGCUGUCCGGCUUCCCACGGUGACGGUGCGGCCCGGCGCGCCCAGCCGCUCCGCCGCCGCUUUCCUCAGCGGCAUCCUGCGCGAGCCGCUCGCCGGCCUCGAGUGCGUUAUCCCCAUCCAAGACCGCUCGGCACGCCAGGUCAUCUGCAGUCCGCGUGUGAUGAUUGAGAACUUCGUCCGCGUCAUGAACGCGCCUUCCGAUGCGAUGCCCUCGCAUAUCCGGGCAAUCUACAUGCCUGGGAUUUCCGUUACGCUGGGGGAGAUGUACGAGGCGUUUGAAGAGGUGUGUGGGAAGGACAAGUUGAAGUUGUUGCGGACGGAGAGGGAUGAGGAAGCGGAGAGGCUGCUGAAUAGUUGGCCGCAGACGGCAGAGUUUGGGAAUGCAAAGAGGUUGGGGCUGGUGUUUGAUGAGAGCUGUGCUCAGAUCUACAGGGAGUAUGCUGACAGUGUUAAAGCAUAGAAGGAAUCGGCGUGGAUCGGGAAGUUGCCUAAUAAUUCAAAAGUUGGCGCGCAAUUGACUACAACAUGUUCUUCAUGCCUUUUCAUGGCUUCUUGGAGGACUGAGUUGAUUUAUGUCAUGUGUGCGUAGAU